UACGCGCGCCUGCCUUGCCGAAAACAAAAGGGAAAUUUCUCCGCAGCCGCACGGCCCUACGCUACCCAGGCCUCCACGUCCCGCGCCAUCCCCGGACUGGAUAAAGAGAAACCCCCAAGCGCUGCGCACGGCCGCGACGCGGAAACCAAGCCAGAAACCCACCGAUUUUGGCGAUUCGUUCGUCACGCCGGCCAUUCCUGCUCGCCGCCACGGCACGCAAUGACGGCUAGCCACCCUCGGAGAAGCCAUUAAAGCCGCCGCGCCUCGCCUUCGAUUCGCUCCGAGAAAAACCCUCUUCUGAUCGCCGGGGGCGCCAUGCGCACCAAGCACUUGAUACCCAACCACGCCGCGGGGCUCACCUACGCGAACGCCUACGCCGCCGCCCGCGAGGGCAGCGGCGGCGGCAUCGACCCGUUCGAGGCGUUCCCCGACGCGGUGCUCGGGCUGAUCGUCUCCAAGCUGCCCUUCAGGUCCGCCGUCGCCGCGUCCGCCAUCUCGCGCCGUUGGCGCGGCGCGGUGGCCACCGCGCCGGUGCUCGACCUCGACUUCGCCGCGGCGUUCCCCGCCGCGCCCCGCCGCAGGGCGGCGUUCGCGGCCGUUGCGGCCGCAGCGCUCGCGGGCUCGCGGCGCCACCCGCUCCGCCGCCUCCGCCUCGCGCUCGACGGCUUCUUCGACCAGGCCUUCGCCGCCUCCGCGGCCAACCACGUCGCCUCCUGGCUCGCCGCCGCCGCGGCGCGGGGCGUCGAGCAGCUGGAGCUCCACCUCCCUCGCUCCCGCCUCGCCGUGCUCCCUCCCUCCCUCCUCGCUUGCACCGACCUCACGGCGCUCACCCUUCGCCUCGACCACAACGCCCUUCCGCUCCCUUCCCUCUGCCCCCUCACCCGCCUCUCCCGCCUUCACCUCGCCUCCGUCUCGCUCGUUGGCUGCGGUGACUUCUUCGAAGACCUCUGCUCUCACUGCACGCAGCUCAGCUGCCUGAUCCUUGAACAGUGCCACAUCGGUGCACUCCGACUAGCCGGCGCGCCGCAGCUUUGCUCGCUUGACAUCGCCAGCUGUUCGUGGACGGAGCAGUCGUCUGUUGCCAUUUCUGAGAUGCCGGCGUUGCGCACUCUCCGCUACUCGGGUGCGAUGGCGAACAGGCACAUGAUUAAUGGCGCCGAUUCCUUGGACGAAGUCGUUUUGGCCAUUGAGAAGCCACAAGCUCUCCUGGAGCCUAAUCUCAGAGAGCUGCUUGCGUUGGUUGGAAACGUACGGAGCCUAGUGCUUUCGUCCUGGUGCAUUGAGCAAUUUGCGCGUCCUGAGGAAUGGUCGAAGGUGAGGCUGGACAAGGUGAGACGCUUGGCAUGCAUAAUAGAGAGGAGGGAAGAAGGUGCUUUGUCCAUUGCACCAUUGCUUACGAGUUGCCCCAAUGUGCAAGAACUUUCUGUGUCGGUCGUGCCAUCGCAGUCCAAGCGGAGACGGUGCAGCGACAGUGAAGUUCAGUAUCGUGUUAUUGGUGGUAGAGGGAUGAUCGUCAGGAAUCUCAGGGAAAUUAGGAUGGAGUACAUUGAUGAGAGCAAGAGUGGAUUGGAUCUGGUUAAGCUUCUGCUCAAGAAGGCUCAGAUGUUGGAGAUGAUGACAAUUGUGCCUUCCAUGGAUGGCCUUGAGCAGGCCAAGUUCAGGCGCAGGGUGUUGAAGUUCAGAAAAGCUUCCAGGAAUGUCAACAUCCAGUUUUGUGCCACUGCAUGAUGGGAUGAUUGUAAUUGGUGGAGUCUCAUGUUCUAGUCCCUGAAGGAAGAAGUGGCUUGCCUGUCAUCAGUGAGCUCUUCCAGUCCUGUUCCGGGCACUUCUAAAGAUCUAACUUGUCACAGAGCUGCUAACUGUCAUUUUAAUUCAUUGCCGAGCUUCAUUUAGCUUCAGUGUUUUAUUAAGUUUGAAAA